AUGCAUCCAGCGGAUGAACAUAUUGAUAGCUUGGAUCAAAAUGAUAUUUUUCGGGAACUUGAUACGGAUCUUGUAGAAAUUUUCAAUAGAGGGCAGUUCGCAGACUUGUUUACCGAUUUACCUUUACAAGAACAAAAUGAAAGAUUGGAGAGAAUAAAUGAGUUGUUGACAUCUAGAAACAUUAAUGAGUAUUUUAAAAAACAAAAGGAACGGGAACAGGAAGGUGCUGAUAGGUAUGUCUCCAUUUUAUGGAAAUUUGGAUUAUUUCCACUUCCAAUUUUUCACUACAGUCGCCUUUGGAGGAGAUUUGGUCCCAAUAAUAUCCGAGAGUCCUUAAUCAGGCUUGCAACAAUUGUAUUGACAAACCUUAUGAGAGUAAUUAGAUUCAGUUUAUUUAUUAUAGCAUCCAGUGCUUAUUUCCAUAAUAUUUUGAGAAACUUAUUUAUAUUUAGUAAUUUACUUACUUUUUCAAAUAAUUUCUUACGGGAUAUAAUCACCUACAUGUUCAGAAAUUAUUCAGGACUCCUUGAAAGACACCAAACUAUAGUUAGGGGAUCGAAAGGUAUUUUCUACUUUAAAGAGGACGAAGACUUUCAUACCUAUUCUACUUGGAAGGUAGCCACAACAGCAGCAUUUAAUUGGGUUUCCAGCUUAAUAAACAUGACCUGUGUUACAUUCAGUGACAAUGGAAAAGUCAAAACUAAGUGUAACCUUCACGAAGAUACGUUAAUUUUCAGAUUUUCCCGAAUUAUGAGCGAUUUUUUCCCUUCAAUGACAACUACGGAAUCCAAUUUUUCAUGGGCAUUGACAACAUCUACAGUUAUACUUUACUUAUUCUAUGCACUUGGUGGCGACUUAAUUUGUCUCAAUGUUCUUUUUUUCUGUACAGUUAAUAUGGGGAAGCAAUUUCUAUAUUAUAAAGAUGUAUAUGCCGGUUUGGGUCGUAUAGUUUGGAAUACUCUACAUAAUAUAAUAUAG